AUGGCUCUAUUGAAACCUCAACCUACUCCUCGCCCUCGAGGUGACUCUGUCAGCUCUGAUUUGUCUUUCCAUUCUGCAAUUUCUUUUCAUUCCGACACCUCUUAUCAGUCUUCUGCCUCUUUCUUAGCUGUUGGGUCUCCCGAAGCCGUUGAGCCUCCCGGAUAUGCUACGUCUCCAGACAACGCUGGUCCUGCAUCUCAUGGUCGACGUGAUUCUACUACCUCACUCAGCUCUACCGACUCUGGCAUUUCCAUGAGCUCUGGAACUCUUUUCCAUUCGGACGAUAGUGCUGGCCCCUCCAACCCUAAUCCCAGUUCUUCCAUUCCCUCUGGCGGUUCUACGAGCUCUGUACUCCCACAUCAUACCGAAUCUACUAACUCUAACCCAUCCGCUGACUCUGCCAGCCCCAGUGUUUCUACUACCUCCCGCACUACCGAUGAUGAAUCAGGAAUACGGCAGAGCCGAAAUGAGGGAGCUCACUCAUAG